AUGUCCAACGCGACUUACCUUCCAUCGCUGAAGAAGAGAGAGCUAAAUCGGAAUCCCAUCAUGUCUGCUUCACAAAAUUGGGAGUUAACUCAGGAAAAGUUGAUCAGCUUCUGUGCUAUGAAACUCUUUGGCAACAGACUUAAUCUUUCGGAGGACAUGACGUAUCAACGCCAUCGGUUUCUGCUGCAUCUGCCAGUCAAAUACCGACGUGCGCUGAUAAUCCCUAGUCUCCGUCGGAAUUAUCUCUCCAUUGGCACACAGAUGGAUUAUUGGGUGCGACGACUCCAAGCCGAUGCUGCCCACGCCUUAUACCAAUGUCAAUCAUCAAGGAAAUGA